AUACCUAUUAACUUUUUAACCAUAAAAACUUUCGCGUUUAUACUAAGAUCUAAAAAUCUAUAAUUAAUAGCACUAUUUAACUCUUUAUGAUUUUUAUGCCAUUUCUUUGUUCUAUAAAUUUUUGUAUUAUUGUAUUUACGAACUUUACGUAGGUGGAGGCCAAAAGAUUGAAAUCGACGAUAAAAAAAAAAAAAUAAAAUUCAUUCAAACAAUAUAACGUUUUUAUCGAUUUUUAAAUAAAAUGAGUCAAGUACCGGUAUUAAUUAAAAUACCUAUGGAGCAUUUACCAGCAACCAUUUGCAAUUUCUUGGUAAAACCGGGAGAUAAGAUCGCGAAAUCGCAAUCGCUUUUAAGUUAUGAAUACAAAAAGACUAUACAGAAACGAUCCGCUUUAGCUACUGAAGAAUCUGAAUACAUGGAUGUUUUAACUCCUCAAAUAGAAGAAUUAAAGAGUCCUACUGAAGGUGAACUCGAACAAUUUCACGUCAAGCAAGGAGAAACGAUCGACAGAAAAAACAACAAGGUUGUGGUAGGAGUAAUUGAGCCCUGUUCACAUUCAAUUCAACUUCAUGGAUUGUGCGCUUUAUGCGGAACGGACAUUACUACAACAGAUCAUAAUGGGAUUGAAUAUGCCCAAAGAGCUACUAUUAGCAUGGCCCACAAUGUUUUUGGAUUGACAGUUAGUCUUAAUGAAGCUGAAAGAUUAGAAAAAGAAACUUCAAGGCGAUUAUUAGAAGAAAGAAAGCUUUCUUUAAUAGUUGAUUUGGAUCAAACUCUUAUUCAUGCGACGAUAGAUCCAACCGUUGAAGAAUGGAUAAAGGAUGGAAAUGAUGUGGCUGAAGAUGUUCGCAAAUUCACUUUGCCUGAUAGUCCAAUCGUGUACUAUAUUAAACUAAGACCUGGGCUUAAAGAAUUUCUUAGAAGUGUAUCCAAAAUAUACGAACCUCAUAUAUAUACAAUGGGAACACGAAAUUAUGCAUCUGCUGUUGCGAACGUUAUUGAUCCAGAUAAUACUAUCUUUAAUGAACGUAUUUUAUCACGCGAUGAGAGUGGCAGUAUGACACAAAAAGAUAUUCGUCGUUUGUUUCCUUGUGACAAUUCGAUGGUCGUUGUAAUAGACGACAGAGCUGACGUAUGGAGCUGGUCACCUAACUUAAUUAAGGUCCAUCCAUAUGAUUUUUUUGUCGGAAUUGGUGAUAUAAAUGAUACAUAUUUACCAAAGAGACCAGUUCCACAAACUUCAAUUCCUAUGGUGAUUGUUUCAGAAGAUGAUAGCACUCAUAAAGAAAUACCUGAUGGCGCAGAUUUAAAUAAUGUUGUAGAGAAAGAGCCCGCGAAUAAUGCUUCGAUUGAUGAGAAUAAUAUAUCUUUUAACAAAGAUGAAAAUUCUAAAGAAAAAGAACAGAACAAUGAAGUAAAUUCUCCGGAAAUUGCAGAGGAGAAUAAUAUUAAGAACGAUAAAGAAGUUUUAAGGGAUGUUAAUAUCUCCGAAGAAAAAUCAAAUAGGGAGCCACUUAAAGUGAAUACAGAAAAUAAUACUUCUAUUGAUGCUUUAUUAAAGCCUGUACAAAACAAUAAACGUUCUUUUGAAGAAAUUUCGGAUGUUGACAAUGUUGAUGAGAAAUCUGCCAAAAAGCAACAAUUUGACCGAAAUGAAAAUAAUGAAAUUAAAGAUUUGGAUCAAAAAGUUUCAUUUAUAGAACAGAAAUCAAUAUCAAGGCCUAUGCUCGCUGACAAUGACACGGAAUUACCUCAUUUAUUGAAGGCUUUGGAAAAUAUUCAUAAACAAUAUUACGAGAAGUACGAUAGUUUGCAAAGUAAUUCGAAUUCAAACGGUACACCAAUGACACCUGAUGUUACUAAUUUAAUACCACAGAUGAAAAGUCAAGUAUUGAAAGGCGUCAAUAUUUUGUUUACUCAUGUUAUCCCAACUAAUCAAAAGAGAGAAAGUUCUGAUAUAUGGAUUUUAGCAAAGGAGUUUGGCGCGGAAUGUUCCGCGAACUGGAACAAUGAAGUUACACACCUUGUAGCCGGCGAUCGAGGGACUGAAAAAGUCAGAGAAGCUAAUCGGAAAGGGGAUGUCUAUAUAGUACGUAAAGAAUGGUUGGAUGAAUCCAUAAAAAAAUGGGCAAGACAGCUGGAAAAAGAUUACACUUUGGAACCAAAUUCACCACGUGAUUCUGAGACGAGUCUAAUAUCAGAGGUUGAUAAACCCCUGGAAUUGAUAAUAGAAACACCUUCAGGAACCGAUGAUGAUGAUGCGUUAUUAAGCCCGGAAAUACGUAUGGAGCAUUAUGAAUCAACCGACUGGCGAUCUGCUUUAAAUGAAGUGGAUGAACUUUUAGCAGAGUCAGGUGAUACUAGCGCUUUAGAUGAGAGCGAAACCGAAACCGAAAGUGGUGGACGUAAAAGAUUGAAGCGUUAUGGGGAUGUAUUAGAAGUAGAUGAUCGUAAUGCGAAACGCUUGAAACAAUCUCCUUUACGGCAAUCCAUAACGUUCAAUAAUGAUGAUGAUGAUGAUGAAAAUGAAUCAGAACAGGCAUUUGAUAAAGUAAAAAAACACGAAUCAGAUAGUUUUUAUUCAGAGCUAACAUUUGAUGGAGGUGCUCAUGACAAUGAAGCUGAUGAAGUCGAGCAAGAUUAUGAAGACGAAGAUGCAGAUGAUGAUUAUGAUUAUGGUGACGACGACGAAGAUUAUGAUCCUGGUAAUCAAAGUGAUGAUGAAGGAGAUGAUGAUUUUGAUGAUGACGAAUAUGUACAAUUAUUUGAAGAAAAUUUAAGACAACCUAAUAGUUGAUUACAUAAAAUAAAGAUCAAACACAUAUUUAUUCUUUCUUCUUAGUAAUUAUUAUAGAGAAAUAUGUUUUUUCUUUGCAUUUAAUGUAUUAUU